AUGAUCGACUUGACAGAGUACAGAACACCAACUUGGACCACCGGUGGUGUUCGCGCAUGGGGAGCGCAUUGUUGCAAAGAAGGAUUUAUAUCAUCCUUGGGAGCGUGUAUGUCCAGCUUCACCACGCCCCUCACUGCAUACAAUCCAGAACAAGUCGGCGGCGAAACCACCUCUGACGGCAGCGUUUGGUUCUUUGUGACCAGCGAUUCGGACUCGAGGAAUAAUUCUACCGUGAUCAGUACGGGUGUCGCGCAGAUGAACGCGAUGCUCGUUUACUGGCAGGAGUCGGAUCUUGAGAAUUUUGACACGGGGUAUGCGUCGGAGCUUGCUGAGGCGUUAUUGCCGAGUAAUACGUUUGCGCCUUCUGUCACGACGACGGCGGGAACCAUAUUGGGAUUGCAAAGCGGAACAGCAGUACCGCCAGAUCGCAGCCAGCUCGUCUCAGCGACAGUGGAUCCCAAAUCGAAUGCAGAGCAAGCAGACCGUCCUUCGAUAUCUGGCCUCAGUACUGGGGUCAAAGUAGGUAUAGCCGUGGGAGUAGGCAUCGGCGUGGUGCUAUUGUUCUUUAUCGGGUUCUUACUUUAUAAAAGAGUAUCGAUACUUCACCGCAAGGCGAGACUGGAUCACGAAACGGCCAAACAGAAUGAACAGCCUGAGUUCGUUCCUGUAAAAGAUGGGGAUAACAAAGAUGAGGCAUACACCCCACUCCCUUCUAGCGAUGCGAGAUGGUCGGUGUUUUUGAGGAAGCAAUGA